GGGACAUGGCCAAGUUACAUUUUUUGCUCGACGAUCACAGCGGUUUCACCACCGUUCCGACAAUAUUGUAAUAUUUUUUUGUCUUUAAACCGUGUGUAUCCUCGUAGUACUCAUGUCUCUGGAACGGGCAGUCCGCGCUAAAAUCGCUUCCAAGCGCGACCCACAGCAAGAACAAGAAGCACAAGAAUGGAUCGAAGCCAUACUGAAGAGAAAGUUCCCGAAGAGCGUUUCCUUUGAAGAAUACCUUAAGGACGGACAAGUCUUGUGCGAACUUAUCAAUGCCAUCAAACCCGGAUCCGUACCCAAGUUCAACACAUCCGGUGGACAAUUCAAAAUGAUGGAAAACAUUAACCUGUUUCAGAAAGCCAUCAAGGCGUACGGAGUUUCGGACACGGACGUGUUCCAGACCGUCGACUUGUGGGAAGGAAAGGACAUCGCUCAGGUGAUCGCCGCCUUGUUCGCUUUGGGUCGUGAGACUUACAGACACCCCGAAUGGAAGGGACCUUACUUGGGACCAAAACCCUCCGACGAGGCUAAACGCGAUUUCAGCGAGGAAACGUUGAAGGCCGGACAGAAUAUCAUUGGACUGCAAGCCGGACAGAACAAAGGAGCCACGCAGGCAGGAUCGAACAUGGGCGCCAGCAGAAAGAUCAUCAUCGGCAAAUAAUAUAUCCUCGCCUUACAAAUCAAUAAUUGUACUUAAUUAAAAAAAAAAAACCCAAAAAACAAACG